UUUUUGAUAGGUUGCUGGUGAAACUGUCAAGGACAAACCUGAUGUUAGCAAGAAUAUGUCAAACAUAUCGGAGCUCUUAAAGGAGAAGAAAAGUGUCAUGCUUGACGAACUCUUUCUAAUGAGAAAUUCCUUUGCUCAUACUGUCGAGAAUUUGUUUGCACUUUCUUUUUUAGUACACGAUGGGCAGGCUUCAAUCUCCACUGAUGAAACUGGUUCUCGUUUCGCUUGCAAGAUAGUUCCGCGGAGCAUUACACAUCGUGGAGCUGUGCGCCACCAGUUUAUCUUGAGAUAUGAUUACAAUGAUUGGAAGAUGAUGCAAACUUUAGUGCCAGAAGGAGCAGAGCUAACACCAAAUAGGGAAUGA